AUGUCAGAUCCCUGCCCAGGCUCCUCCCUGAUAUUCGUACUCAGUGAGUCCCGAUCACCACCCCACCCCCCUGCCCGCGGGGGGCCCCUUUGGGCCUGGGACACAGGGCUGGGAGCGAGUGGGGGACUCAUCGCAGGGGGCGAUGGCCGCAGGACCUGGGCUUUCAUUCUGCUUUCAGAGUCGCAGAGAUCAAGGAAGUCGCUCCUUCACCAGGAGGUCUCUGCCGGGAGACCUGUUCCCGAGGACACAGUGGAGAAGGGGGUCUCUGCCGGGAGACCUGUUCCAGAGGACAGACCGGAGGAGGGGGUCUCUGCCAGGAGACAUGUUCCUAAGGACACAGCGGAGGAGGAGGUCUCUGCCGGGAGCCCUGUUCCUAAGGACACAGCGGAGGAGGAGGUCUCUGCCGGGAGCCCUGUUCCUGAGGACACAGCAGAGGAGGGGGUCUCUGCCGGGAGCCCUGUUCCUGAGGACACAGCGGAGGAGGAGGUCUCUGCCAGGAGACAUGUUCCUAAGGACACAGCGGAGGAGGAGGUCUCUGCCGGGAGCCCUGUUCCUGAGGACACAGCAGAGGAGGGGGUCUCUGCCGGGAGCCCUGUUCCUGAGGACACAGCGGAGGAGGAGGUCUCUGCCGGGAGCCCUGUUCCUGAGGACACAGCCGAGGAGGGGGUCUCUGCCGGGAGCCCUGUUCCUGAGGACACAGCAGAGGAGGGGGUCUCUGCCAGGAGACCUGUUCCAGAGGACACACCGGAGGAGGGGGUCUCUGCCGGGAGCCCUGUUCCUGAGGACACAGCAGAGGAGGGGGUCUCUGCCGGGAGCCCUGUUCCUGAGGACACAGCGGAGGAGGGGGUCUCUGCCGGGAGCCCUGUUCCUGAGGACACAGCAGAGGAGGAGGUCUCUGCCGGGAGCCCUGUUCCUGAGGACACAGCAGAGGAAGGGGUCUCUGCGGGGAGCCCUGUUCCUGAGGACACAGCAGAGGAGGAGGUCUCUGCCGGGAGCCCUGUUCCUGAGGACACAGCGGAGGAGGAGGUCUCUGCCGGGAGCCCUGUUCCUGAGGACACAGCGGAGGAGGAGGUCUCUGCCUUGGCUGGCCCCAGGGACCCAAACCAGCACCCCUCUGCGGUCAUAACAAUCUCCAGCCCCUCCUCCACUCACGGCGUGGAACCCAUGGCUUCCAACCGCCUGUGCCCGCAGCGCCCGUGUGAGCCCCCUGGCGCAGGCAUGAAGAGAAAGAGCUCGGCACGCGUCAGAGAGGCCGAGGGGGAGGGAGAAGAAAAGUCCCUUUUCUACAUGAAGGUCCAGGCCGUGAAUGGUGUCUCGGUGGCCUGGGAGACCGGGGCCGGCUUUGAAGCCAUUAGGAAGCGGCCUCGCAUCUUUAAGGCCAAGUACAGCGGAGGAGAAAGCUUUGCCGGCUCAGACCUGAGCAGCUCCCACACCAAGUCCGAGCUGGGGGACGUGGACCAAGAGGCAGAGAGUGGCGCCGGGGGGCCGGCAGAGGAGGUGCCACAGCAGCCGACGGGAGUGCCCCCUGAGUGGCUCCUCACCAUCGAGCAGGGCGUGCGGUGCCUGGCCUGCUGCCGAGUCUUUCCCAGCCUGGAGGCCCUGACCCAGCAUGUGAAGCAGGGGCUGCGCGAAGGCUUCAGCUGCCGUGUCUACUACCGGGUGCUGGGGCAGAUGAGGGCAAGAGAGAGGUCCCAGAGGAGACGGCAACGCGGAGGCCAGGGUUUCCAGCCACGCGUCCGGGAGUGCAGCAAGUGUGGGGGACAGAUACGGCGCCCACACAAGGCUGCGAAAUAGGCCUGGCUAAGCCACGCGGGGGGGAGCCCAGCUGCUGGCUGAGACCAGAAACAACUCUGCCAGGAAAGCCCUAAAUCCACAGAGGGGCGAGCGCAGCCAGCAGAGGGUCCGGGUCACACACGCCAGUCGCUGCCCCCGGCUAGGAAGCCCUGUCCCCUCCUGGCUUGCCAGCCAGACCCGAUCUCCACCUGAGGCCAGGACAAGGAGCUCUGGGACUCACCGUGAUACGCCCGGGUCCCUGCUUGGGAAAGACCAGAGCUACAAGCAUCAGGGCUGAGAACUGGCAGCUCCAGCAGCACCAGGCCAACUUCAUCCCAGCCCAGCACUCCAGACCCACACCAAGCUCCCCCCUGGGGCCAACAGGCCAAACUGGAGCUGCCGGUCUCCCCCCAUCCCCCAGCCCGGCCGGAGGAGCAACCUGCAGCUCCCGCAGCAAGGCCUUGCAGAUGCCAGCAGAGCCCCAGACAGCAAUGCCGGGCCCCAGCCCUCCAUAGGGCUCUGGCCGACCUGGACCCAGCCACCAGGGACGGGGAAAGAACUGACGGCAUCAGCCAGCUCUCUCCCUGCCGGGACCCUGCCUUAAGCCUUGGCCGCCAGCCGCCCAGAGGGAUGGAGGGACGGUAGCAGAGUCGCACACGGACUCCAGCCCAUCGACAGGAGGAAGGCGAUGAGAAGACGUCUCUCUGCAGCAUCCCUGGAGAUGGACGCACAGAGCAGCUACAACGCACAGCCCCUGAAGGCUGAGCCUUGGCCUCUGCCCCACGGAGCAGCAAGCUGGGAGCACGUCGCACGGCACCAAUAUCGGCUAAGUGACUUACAUUGGGGGUUCUCAUCUGGGGGAGGUGUGCCCUGGGGUCACGGAGCAUCUCAGGGGCUUUUGAGCUAGGGCAGGGAGCUAAAUGGCCUGGGCAGGGGGCUGGUGGUUAGGAAGGAGAAUGUGGGCAAGGGCUGGGUGAGAGAAAGGGGGGUGUGGGCAGGG